GGAAGCUGGAGUGAGGAAAUGGACACAGUGGUUAUUGAGGAUGUGGCUGUGAUCUUUAGCCAAGAAGAGUGGGCUUUGCUGGAUCUCACUCAGAGAAAACUCUAUGAAGAUGUGAUGAUGGAAACCUUCAGAAACCUGACCUCAGUAGCUGGGUCAGUCUCUGAAGACCAUAAUGAUGGAGGAACGCUACCCACUGAACAUACAGUGCUGCAACUCAUGAAGAAUGACACUUGGUCCUCCAGGUCAGGAGAAACUUUUGAAUUGCCUGGGAAUACUAGCCAACACGAAAAACAUUUAAGAAAUUAUAUUGGAGAGAACCUCUGUGGAAGUAAUGAAGACUACCAGUGUGCGGCAACUUUCAAUGGACUUCAAAAUCUUACCGUGCUUCAAAGAAAUCCUCCAGAAGUAAAUCGAACUGAAAGCUGUGAGUUUGGAAAUAUUUUCAUGGAUCACUUAUCACAGAAGUAUCAAAGCAGAUUGCACACUGGAUAUACCUCUCACGUAUCUCUCCCUCCUAUGAGAGUUUUUAAUGGAAAGAAACCACAUCAUGGUAAGGUAUAUGACAACGACGUCAUUGGUAUCUCACCACUCGAGGCUCCUGUGACAACACUCAGUAAGGAGAAACGCUGUGAAAGCAUUGACCGUGGGAUGCAUUUCUGUAUGUUCUCAUCCUUUUGGACACAUGAGCUAGGCCAUGAACAUGAAUGUAUAGAAAAUUGUAAAAUCCGUACUUAUCCUUCAUCUCUUAUUUUACAUAAAAAGUUUAAUAGCAGAGAUACACCGUAUGAAUGUAAAGAAUGUGGUAAAGCCUUUAGAAAGCCCUCCUACCUCACUCGACAUAUAAGAGCUCACACUGGAGAGAGGCCUUAUGAGUGUAAAGACUGUGGGAAAGUCUUUAGUCAAUCCUCAUAUCUCAUUGAACAUAAGAAAAUUCACAGUGGAGACAGGGACUAUGUAUGUAAGCAAUGUGGAAAAGCAUUCAGUCAUCCUUCUAACCUCUGUCAAUAUAUAAGAACGCACACUGGAGAGAAGCCUUAUAAAUGUAAUGAUUGUGGGGAUGCCUUCAGUCUGUCCUCAUCCCUUAAUGUACAUAAAAGAAUUCACAGUGGAAAGAGUGCCUAUGAAUGUAAGCAAUGUGGGAAAGCCUUUAGACAGACCUCACACCUCAUUCGGCAUAUAAGAACUCAUAAUGGAGAGAGGCCUUUUGAAUGUAAAGACUGUGGGAAAGCCUUUAUUCAAUUCUCAAAUCUCAUUAAACAUAAAAAAAUUCACAAAGACACAGUGAUGAGCGACCCCAUGAAUGUAAUGAAUGUGGGAAAACAUUUAAGCGGUUCUCAGCCCUCACUACAUAUAAGAACUCACAGUGGUGAGAAGCCCUAUGAAUGUAAGCAGUGUGGGAAAGCCUUUAGUCUGCAGUGUGCCCUCUCUCGCCAUUUAAGGAUUCACACUGGAGAGAGACCCUAUGAAUGUAAGCAGUGUGGGAAAGCCUUUACACUACAGAAUAACCUCAUUCGCCAUUUAAGAAUUCACACCGGAGAGAGGCCCUAUGAAUUGGUUAUUGAGGAUGUGGCUGUGAUCUUUAGCCAAGAAGAGUGGGCUUUGCUGGAUCUCACUCAGAGAAAACUCUAUGAAGAUGUGAUGAUGGAAACCUUCAGAAACCUGACCUCAGUAGCUGGGUCAGUCUCUGAAGACCAUAAUGAUGGAGGAACGCUACCCACUGAACAUACAGUGCUGCAACUCAUGAAGAAUGACACUUGGUCCUCCAGGUCAGGAGAAACUUUUGAAUUGCCUGGGAAUACUAGCCAACACGAAAAACAUUUAAGAAAUUAUAUUGGAGAGAACCUCUGUGGAAGUAAUGAAGACUACCAGUGUGCGGCAACUUUCAAUGGACUUCAAAAUCUUACCGUGCUUCAAAGAAAUCCUCCAGAAGUAAAUCGAACUGAAAGCUGUGAGUUUGGAAAUAUUUUCAUGGAUCACUUAUCACAGAAGUAUCAAAGCAGAUUGCACACUGGAUAUACCUCUCACGUAUCUCUCCCUCCUAUGAGAGUUUUUAAUGGAAAGAAACCACAUCAUGGUAAGGUAUAUGACAACGACGUCAUUGGUAUCUCACCACUCGAGGCUCCUGUGACAACACUCAGUAAGGAGAAACGCUGUGAAAGCAUUGACCGUGGGAUGCAUUUCUGUAUGUUCUCAUCCUUUUGGACACAUGAGCUAGGCCAUGAACAUGAAUGUAUAGAAAAUUGUAAAAUCCGUACUUAUCCUUCAUCUCUUAUUUUACAUAAAAAGUUUAAUAGCAGAGAUACACCGUAUGAAUGUAAAGAAUGUGGUAAAGCCUUUAGAAAGCCCUCCUACCUCACUCGACAUAUAAGAGCUCACACUGGAGAGAGGCCUUAUGAGUGUAAAGACUGUGGGAAAGUCUUUAGUCAAUCCUCAUAUCUCAUUGAACAUAAGAAAAUUCACAGUGGAGACAGGGACUAUGUAUGUAAGCAAUGUGGAAAAGCAUUCAGUCAUCCUUCUAACCUCUGUCAAUAUAUAAGAACGCACACUGGAGAGAAGCCUUAUAAAUGUAAUGAUUGUGGGGAUGCCUUCAGUCUGUCCUCAUCCCUUAAUGUACAUAAAAGAAUUCACAGUGGAAAGAGUGCCUAUGAAUGUAAGCAAUGUGGGAAAGCCUUUAGACAGACCUCACACCUCAUUCGGCAUAUAAGAACUCAUAAUGGAGAGAGGCCUUUUGAAUGUAAAGACUGUGGGAAAGCCUUUAUUCAAUUCUCAAAUCUCAUUAAACAUAAAAAAAUUCACAAAGACACAGUGAUGAGCGACCCCAUGAAUGUAAUGAAUGUGGGAAAACAUUUAAGCGGUUCUCAGCCCUCACUACAUAUAAGAACUCACAGUGGUGAGAAGCCCUAUGAAUGUAAGCAGUGUGGGAAAGCCUUUAGUCUGCAGUGUGCCCUCUCUCGCCAUUUAAGGAUUCACACUGGAGAGAGACCCUAUGAAUGUAAGCAGUGUGGGAAAGCCUUUACACUACAGAAUAACCUCAUUCGCCAUUUAAGAAUUCACACCGGAGAGAGGCCCUAUGAAUGUAAGCAGUGUGAGAAAGCUUUUGUUUCUUCUUCAUCCCUCAAUACACAUAUCAAGAUUCACACUAGAGAGAACUUAUGA